GCGCCGCGCCCGGAGAAAGCCCCGCCCCGCCCCCGCCCCCGGCGCGCGUGGCUGCCCAGGACGCCGGAGGAACGACAUGGCUCGCGAGCUGCGGACGCUGCUGCUGUGGGGCCGCCGCCUGCGGGCGCCGGCCCUGGCGGCUGCCUGCGGAGGAAAACCAGUUCUGUGUCCCUGGAGGCCCCCAGCUCAGUCCUGGGGUCCCAGGCAAAGCAUGGCCUCGAGCUUCCACGUGGGACGGCCGUUCAGCUCGCAGGCUGCUGAGGACCAGGCGGAGGCCGGGCCCCUGCACUCGAUCAUCAGCAGCUCGGAGACUGUGCAGGGUUCUGCUACCAAACAUGAGUUCCAGGCUGAGACAAAGAAGCUCCUAGACAUUGUUGCCCGUUCCUUGUACUCAGAAAAAGAGGUGUUCAUUCGCGAGCUCAUCUCCAACGCAAGCGAUGCCUUGGAAAAGCUGCGUCAUAAGCUGGUGUCUGAAGGCCAAGCGCUGCCAGACAUGGAGAUUCACCUGCAGACUGACGCUGACAGAGGCACCAUCACAAUCCAGGACACCGGCGUCGGGAUGAGCCGGGAGGAGCUGGUGUCCAACCUGGGAACCAUCGCCAGGUCUGGGUCGAAGGCCUUUCUGGAUGCACUGCAGAGCCAGGCGGAGGCUGGCGGCAAGAUCAUAGGCCAGUUCGGCGUGGGCUUCUACUCGGCCUUCAUGGUGGCCGACAGGGUUGAGGUCUAUUCUUGCUCGGUGGACGCAGGCAGCCCUGGGUACCGGUGGCUCUCGGAUGGCUCUGGGGUGUUUGAAGUUGCCGAAGCCUCAGGAGUUAGAACCGGGACGAAAAUCAUCAUCUACCUCAAGGCCGACAGCAGAGAGUUUGCCAGCGAGGCCCGGGUUCGAGAUGUGGUGACAAAGUACAGCAACUUUGUCAGCUUCCCUUUGUACCUGAACGGAAGGCGCAUGAACACCCUGCAGGCGAUCUGGAUGAUGGACCCCAAGGACGUGGGCGAGGGGCAGCACGAGGAGUUCUACCGCUACAUCGCUCAGGCCCAUGACAGGCCGCGCUACACCCUGCACUACAGGACGGACGCGCCGCUCAGCAUCCGCAGCAUCUUCUAUGUGCCAGACGCGAAACCAUCCAUGUUUGACGUGAGCCGGGAGCUGGGCUCCAGCGUGUCGCUGUACAGCCGCAAGGUCCUCAUCCAGACCAAGGCCACCAACAUCCUGCCCGCAUGGCUGCGCUUCGUCCGGGGUGUGGUGGACAGUGAGGACAUCCCCCUGAACCUCAGCCGGGAGCUGCUGCAGGAGAGCGCGCUCAUCAGAAAACUCCAGGGCGUUCUGCAGCAGAGGCUGAUAAAAUUCUUCACUGACCAGAGUAAAAAAGAUGCUGAGAAAUACGCCAAGUUUUUUGAAGAUUACGGCUUGUUCGUGAGGGAGGGAAUUGUGACCACAGCUGAGCAGGAGGUCAAGGAGGACAUCGCGAAGCUGCUGCGGUACGAGUCGUCAGCACUGCCUGCCGGGCAGCUGACCAGCCUCCCGGACUAUGCCGGCCGCAUGCAGGCCGGCACCCGCAACAUCUACUACCUGUGCGCCCCCAGCCGGCACCUGGCAGAGCACUCGCCCUACUACGAGGCCAUGAAGCGGAAAAACACGGAGGUUCUCUUCUGCUACGAGCAGUUUGAUGAGCUGACUUUGCUCCACCUGCGUGAGUUUGACAAGAAGAAGCUGAUCUCUGUGGAGACGGACAUUGUGGUCGACCACUACAAGGAGGAGAAGUUUGAAGACGGCGCCCCAGCAGGAGACCGCCUGUCAGAGAAGGAGACAGAGGACCUGAUGGCCUGGAUGAGAAAUGCGCUGGGGUCCCGUGUCACCGACGUGAAGGUGACUCUCCGGCUGGACACCCACCCUGCUAUGAUCACGGUGCUGGAGAUGGGGGCCGCCCGGCACUUCCUGCGCAUGCGCCAGCUGGCCAAGACCCAGGAGGAGCGCGCACAGCUGCUGCAGCCCACGCUGGAGAUCAACCCCAGGCACGUUCUCAUCAAGAAGCUCAGUCAGCUGAGAGACAGCGAGCCUGACCUGGCCCAGCUGCUGGCGGAUCAGAUCUACGAGAACGCCAUGAUCACAGCGGGACUUGUUGACGACCCUCGACCCAUGGUUGGACGCCUGAACCACCUGCUUGUCAAGGCCCUGGAGCGACACUGAUGGCUGCGGACGCGGGGACAGACACAACCGUGGGCAAGGCAGCCUGCAGCCAGUCAUUAGGGAGUAGGCACACACACAGGAAUGACAACACCCCCUUUGGAGCUUUAUUUAAAUUAAAAGGCAUUUCUUAGUUUUA